GACGUCACGUUUCCUGGGCAACUACAGUAGUGCAUGAGCCUGGGUAUAAAUCAGGACUGCUAAGGACGACAUUCGUACGGACAUUGCAGCAUCUGUAGAAGGUUCACCACCCAUUAUCUAUAAUUUGCAACAAUGUCAGACCUCUGCGUUGGGAUCAAUGGAUUUGGCCGCAUUGGCCGUCUGGUGCUCAGGGCUUGUCUCCAGAAGGGAAUCAAAGUCACUGCUAUUAAUGACCCCUUCAUUGACCUGCAGUAUAUGGUCUACAUGUUCAAGUACGAUUCCACACAUGGACGUUACCAUGGCGAUGUGCGCGCAGAAGAUGGAAAGCUGGUUGUCGACAGCAAUGUCAUCUCCGUCUUUCAGUGCAUGAAGCCAGCUGAGAUCCCCUGGGGAGAUGCGGGUGCACUGUAUGUUGUAGAGUCCACUGGAGUCUUCCUCAGCAUCGAUAAAGCCUCUACUCACCUGCAGGGUGGUGCUAAGCGGGUUGUUGUAUCUGCCCCUUCCCCUGAUGCCCCAAUGUUUGUUAUGGGAGUCAAUGAGGACAAGUAUGACCCCUCUAGUAUGACCAUCGUUAGCAAUGCCUCUUGUACCACCAACUGCUUGGCUCCCCUGGCCAAGGUCAUCCAUGACAACUUCGGCAUUGAGGAGGCACUUAUGACCACAGUCCACGCUUACACAGCCACCCAGAAGACCGUGGAUGGACCCUCUGCCAAGGCAUGGCGCGAUGGGCGUGGUGCACACCAGAACAUUAUCCCAGCAUCCACUGGGGCUGCUAAAGCUGUUGGAAAGGUUAUUCCGGAACUCAAUGGCAAGCUGACAGGAAUGGCCUUCAGGGUACCGGUGGCCGAUGUGUCUGUGGUGGACCUCACCUGCCGCCUCUCUCGUCCUGCCAGCUAUGGAGAGAUUAAGGAGGCAGUCAAGAAGGCUGCCCAUGGCCCCAUGAAGGGAGUGCUGGGAUACACAGAGGACUCGGUUGUUUCUUCUGAUUUUAUUGGAGAUACCCAUUCUUCUAUCUUUGAUGCCGGCGCGGGUAUCUCCCUCAAUGACAACUUUGUCAAACUCAUUUCUUGGUAUGACAAUGAGUAUGGCUACAGCAAUCGUGUGGCUGACCUUUUGAUAUACAUGCAUUCCAAGGAGUAAGCUUGUCCUAAAAACACAGAAGCUUGAAAAGGAACCCCAUUCUCACAAACCAAGUCUAAUCAUAGUCACGUUCUGCUUCCACAAGGCAAAUUAAUCUGUGUAGUAGUCUGUGUGAACGAGUAUUUGUCUUUUAACAAGUCUGUGAGAAUUUUUUUGGCCUGACAGUAUUGUUUAUUGCGAUGCUCCAGAGCAUUGUCAUAGAUGUUUCCAUAGCGGGUACAACCAUUUAAUAUUGAUGUUAAAUUAAAAUGAAUAUAGGAAAAGAAUAACUAAGCUAUAGUUUAAGAAUAUAAUGAGUGUAACAUGAAAUGUAUACUGUAUCUUAAUUAUAUACAUGCUAUAAAACUACAACUAUAUAGCACACAAUGGUGUUAUCAUUCAAGAAUCAAAUUUGUUGCAUGCCUGAAUAUAAUGGUGCGCCAGCAGUGAAAUGAAAUUACUGGUACUCCAGUCUGUGCAAUAAACAAGAUAGAACAAUAACCAAA